GAAGAAGAAGAAGAAGAAGAAGAAGAAGAAGAAGAAGAAGAAGAAGAAGAAGACGAAGAAGAAGAAGAAGAAGAGACCAACGAAUUAUCUAAAACGUUCAUCCACCUAAAUAUCGUGUCGCGGGCAUAGCUCGAUGCUUACGAAUCCGUAGAAUUUAGGAAACGUCGUGCUUUUUAUAAUAGCUCGGCACUGUCAUCAUCGCUUUGCCAUUUCUAUCGUCUCAAUAACACACACACACACACAAAUAAUAUAUAGAAAGAGAGAGUAAGAGAAGGGGUGUCUCAAAAGUCACUUUACCGAGAACAGAAAAGUACAAAACAAAAAAAAAGAUCGUUAUUACUUUAUUAAUAGAUUGAAAAUAUUUUCUUUUCUUCUUUCAAACAUAAAUUUUCACAAUGUUGAUAAGAAAGUUUGGGGCCUACAAUACCGUUCCUUCCAAAUUUCUGGAAAACAAAUAUUUAUCAUUUAUCUGCUAGAUAAAUCAACUCUUAGGACUACAAAUAAUUAAUUUGUUUUUAUGAGAGAUAUUAUUUAAAAUUCAUACAAACAAAAUGAUUUGAUGGCAAUAACACAUAAGAGUAAUAGUUUGACGAAAGUGUAUAAAACUAAAUUGUUUUCUACAGAUUUUUAAAAAGAGUAGAUUAAAAUGAGAGGAAAUAUUAAAGAUGAACUAAAUUUGUACUUAAAAUUGAUCAACUUCUUUUUAUAAAAAUAAUAAUAAUAGUAAGAGAGAAGUAAACAAAUUGGAAGUAUUUUUCGAGAUAUUUUAGCAUAAAGAUGAAAAAAAUAAAGAUAUAGAAAUAUUGUUUUGACAGUGGGUUAAAGGGUCAAGGUGUGUUGCCGUUGUUGACAAUUAUGCGGAGGACAAGUUAAGGACUUGGAUAUGGCUCUGUAUAUAUAAAUGCGUAUGUGUGUAUAAGAAAGAGAAGCGCCAAUGUCGAGCGGGGAGUAAUGCGGGGGAAGGAACAACUCCCGGCAUAGCAUAAAGGUGACUCCUCGCAGCGAAAACCUCCCAUAUGCCACUUAGCGUCCCGUUGAGUUCGGCAAAGUGUCCGGUGAAGCAAAGCUAUCCGUUCUUUUUUUCGAACGAGACUAACAGAAAAGCAACACGGUGUAUUUUCAUAUUUCUUCCUUGUUUCGUAAUCAAUCUAGAGGUGUCCAAUUCGGGAUUAUUUGUUGUAUCACAUAUACACGUAUAAUCAAAUAUUAUUUAAGGAAAGCAGAUUUGUCGCCCCGAAGAUCGAAAGCCAACUGUUCGAAAGGAUACAUUUAGUUGUUCAUGUUUACCACUUCGAAGAUAUCAUAUCUGUUUAUAGCUAAGGGAUUUCUUGUUUGUUUCUAAUCAAACUUAAGACGUAUCGAUGAAGACGCGAAGUGCAUUGUUGCUAUUGUUAGUGAUACCAAUGAUGUCAUUGUCAAUGCAUCUUUCUCCCAGAGAGAAAGACACAUAUCCCUCAGAUAUAUUUAAGGAUAACGAUCAAAAUUUGGAGAGGACGGAGGAGGGGUUAACUUUGUCUUUCAGUAAACCCAAUGAAGGAAACGAGAAUGGUAACGAGAAUGGUAACGAGAAUGGUAACGAGAAUGGUAACGAGAAUGGUAACGAGAAAAAACGAGAAGACGAAUUGGAAAAGUUGAAAAAGAUCUUUGGUAUUCGUGGCCAGGGUGAUAAAUUGGCUCAUCAUAAAGUGCCACCCCAGUUCAUGAUGGAACUGUACAAUACUAUUGCCGAUGAGAGUGGUGUCACACGAGGACGAAACCCUUAUAACGCUAAAGUCGUACGGAGUUUCAUUGAAAAGGAUACCUCCUUGUCUUAUUUUUAUUUCUUUAACGUGUCCGGCCUGGAAGUAAAUGAGUCGGUUUUGGAAGCCGAAUUACAUCUUUACAGAAAGAAAAUAGUCGCGAAAACGGAGCCGCCAGCAACGCUUACGUCGUCAUAUUAUUUGUUAAGAGUCUAUCAAGUAUUGGAUGAGAGAAAUCUGGCUGAACCGAGUCGUCACAAGUUGCUCAAUAUUCAUUAUGUUGAGGCACAUACUUUUGGUUGGCAGGUGUUAAACGUCAAGGAAGCGGUACUGUCCUGGGUGAAUAGCGAUCGAAAUCUCGGUCUAUUGGUAACAGUUACGACUUUAUUCGACGACGAGGUGAAUGUCGAGUUUUUUCGGCGAAGUGAAUCUCGGCACAACAAACAACCGAUUUUGGUUCUCUUUAACGACGACGGUAAAGAGAGGCGAUCUGGAAUGAAAAUCGUUCCGGAGUACUACACGUAUGGAAAGAACGAUGAUAUACGUUUCGCUGAUGAACAGAUAGAAGAGAAGGGCGAGUUGGAAGAUCCUUUGUUGGUACAGAGACACGAGAAGGAAACAUUCACGAGAAAGAAGAGGAAACACAAAGGGCCCGAAUCAAUUUGGCGGGAAGAUUCCAUGGAACGUGAUAGACGAGAUACAAAUUACAUUAGAAAAUGUCCUAAGAAAAUAGUCUCACAUAGGACGAAAAGGAGACAAGUUUUAACCUCAAUGGAAAUUUACGAGAGAGCCAUGUUGCGCGAGAAAUUAAGUGAAGUAUCCGAGAAAGAUAAUACGAAUGAACGCAGAGAAAGAAGAUUAACGAAGAGACAGAGUCCCAUAUGGAGACACAGAAACACGACCGCCUGUUCGAGAUACGAGCUUUACGUUGAUUUUACGGAAAUUGGGCUUUCUUCCUCUAUAAUUGCACCCAAAGGAUACUCCGCUUAUCACUGCAAGGGUCUUUGCCAGUCACCGUUGAGUCAAGAACAACAACCAACAAAUCAUGCCACUGUACAAGGUAUCGUUCAUUCAUUGGGUUUGGUGGAUGGCGUUGAAAUGCCUUCUUGUGUACCCACGAAAUUGCUCAGUACUACCAUACUUUUCUAUGACGAUAACGAGAACGUUAUUUUAAAAACGUACGAGGAUAUGGUUGCCGAUCGUUGUGGUUGUCAUUAGUUUAAUCGAGCUGGAUGUUCUUUAAUUCUUCUCUGAAAUUCUUAGAUUUUUGUCCUGAAAUCAGUUCAGGUUAACGGGACGCAAACACAAAUCGAAUGAUCGUACAAACUACUUGUGAGUGUUAUUCGGAAUUUACGAAAAAUGAUGUCUAACAUAAGAGAAUUAAGAUUAAGUGCUAUCAUUUUUCAGGGCUUUUCGUUGGGUAUUCCGAGUUGAAAGUUUUAAGAUAAAUAUGGUUAUUAUGAUGAUUAUAUUAAAAGAUGUUUAUUAUUUCUACAAUGUGUCGAGAGUUAUAUAUUCGUAUUGAUCGUUUUAAGUCGAUCAAAUUUUGUCUGUAAAUAAGAACAUUCCCAUGAACGCGUUAACAUGCGAGCAAAUGUCUACACGCACGCACGCAUGCACGCAUGCACGCACGCACGCACGCACGCACGCACAUACUGUAAUGUAAUCCAUUGUAAUUGUUAUAACGUGUAUCACUGUAAAUUAUUAUAAUCAUAAUUCGUAGAUAUUAAUGAUGAGAUUUAAUUUGUAUAUAUAUAUAUAAAUAUCUCGUGAUAACUGCAUUAGGGCAUAAUUUAUA